CUGCCCCAACUCUAAGCACAGAAUGAGUAAGAUCACUUUUUAUGAGGAUAAAAACUUCCAGGGUCGCUCCUAUGAGUGCGACACGGACUGCCCCGACAUGCACCCCCACUUCAGCCGCUGUAACUCCAUCAGGGUGGAUGGAGGCUGCUGGGUGCUGUAUGAGAGGCCCAACUACACUGGCUACCAGUACGUCCUGACCAGGGGGGAGUACCCAGACUACCAGCGCUGGAUGGGCUACAAUGACAACAUUCGCUCCUGCCGUAAUUUCUCUUAUCAGACGAGUGGAGGACCCUACCGCAUGAAAAUCUACGAGCGCCCUGACUUCCAGGGCCAAAUGAUGGAGUUUAGCGAGGACUGCGACUCUGUCCAAGAUCGUUUCCGCAGCCGUGACAUCUACUCUUGCAACGUGAUGGAGGGCUACUGGACCAUGUAUGAGCACCCCAGCUACAGAGGGCGCCAGUACUUCAUGAGGCCUGGGGAGUACAGGAAGUUCAGCGAAUGGGGAGCCACUUGCGCCACCACCGGCUCUUUCCGCAGGAUCACUGACUUUUAGGAACCAAAUUCUCUCGACUGUCUAGUCAAUAAAUUCACACCCC